AUGGCAACAUCAAGAAUUAACUUGCUAGCUUUGAGAUCUAGAACUGGAAUUGUGUGUGCAUUUGCAGUUCUAGGCGCGGGCGCAUACUUUGGCACAUCACUUCUUGCUCCGACAGGCCAUGCCGAAUCUAACGGACCUUACACAGUUUUCAAACGUGGGUUAGGCUUUACCACGUUGCGACUCAAACAUUCCGAAGCUGUGAAUCACAACACAAAACGGCUUGUAUUUGAGUUUCCCGACGAGAACGCGAGAAGUGGACUAUCACUAACCUCUGCUCUUCUUACAAUUUCCCGACCCAAUAAUCGAUGGAUCCCUAUUAUACGCCCAUAUACUCCCAUCAGCUCUUUAGAUAAACCUGGCUCCAUUGAGUUUCUGAUAAAGCACUAUCCAAAUGGCAAGGCCAGCACACACAUGCACUCGCUCAAGCCUGGAGACACCCUUACUUUUGCCGCAACACUCAAAGGAUUCAAUUGGGUCCCUAAUCAAUUCUCCCAAGUCCAUCUCAUUGCAGGCGGUGCGGGAAUCACCCCUAUAUACCAGCUCCUUCAAGGCAUUUUGAAUAAUCCGGAGGAUAAGACAAACGUAAACUUGGUCUUCGGUGUCAACACGGAACGGGAUUUGCUUCUGAAGAAAGAGUUAGAACAGUACAAAGAACGCUUUCCCGGGCGAUUCAACUACUCCUUUGCAGUGAGUAGUUUGACAGACGAAAAGCCUUCUAUACGGAAGGGCUACGUGAACGAAGAGUUACUGCGCGAUGUUGUGGGGAAAUCUGACAAGGAUACCAUGGUUUUCGUCUGCGGGCCACCUGCAAUGGAGGAUUCCCUCGUGGGAUCAAGAUCAACACCAGGAGUCCUAGGCCGCUUGGGAUUUACAAGCUCUCAGAUUUAUAAGUUUUGA